AAGCAGUCCGGUUGAUGUGAAAUGAUGACUUAGCUCCCUGCGUAACGGGUGACUGGAGACAGCUGCAUGGGAGCGUUUGGGAGCCGGAGGGGCGCAGCGUACACGGACCUACAACAAGGAGCGGGUUGGCACAGAGAGCUGCAGGUGAAUCCCCCCAAACUGUGAGCGCGUUUCGAGACCGGCACUCCGCCUGAAGGACGCGAUAUGAGACAAUGAAGCAACUGGGGAUACAACGUGUCCAAGUCACGAGAGUGGAAAUGCGCGUGCGAUGACGGACGGCGCAGGGGACAGAGAAGAGACAAGACUUGAGCCAGAGAACGAGAAAACCAUGGAGCCGGAAGAGACCACACCGGUACAAGGCGCCAAUUUGGCACAAACUGCCGCCUCCAAACUCGCCCAGAUGGGUGAAAGAACUAAACAACUGGGCAACAAUGUAAUCCAAGACCCAGAGCGGCAGAAGCGGAUUAUUCUCGUAAUAGUCUGUACAGCACUUUUGUUAGACAACAUGCUUUACAUGGUGAUUGUGCCAAUUAUACCCGAUUACCUUGAAGGGCUACAGAAGGCAGCGGAUCGAGCCCAAGACGCAGUUGUGUACAUCAACUCCACCAACAGCACCAUCCAUAAAGCUCCUAAAGGGAACUUCGACCUCCAGAUAGGGGUUCUGUUCGCCUCCAAGGCCAUCCUGCAGCUCCUGGUGAACCCGCUAAGUGGUACUUUCAUUGACAGGGUCGGGUAUGAUAUCCCGCUCUUCAUCGGACUAACUGUCAUGUUCCUCUCCACUGUCACAUUUGCCUUCGCUGACAAUUACGCGACUCUGUUCCUGGCGCGCAGCAUGCAGGGCCUCGGCUCGGCUUUUGCUGACACUGCAGGGAUCGCCCUGAUCGCAGACAGGUACACGGAGGAGAAGGCGAGGAGCAAAGCGCUGGGUAUCGCCUUGGCCUUCAUCUCUUUUGGCAGUCUUGUGGCGCCCCCCUUUGGGGGGGUGCUCUAUCAGUUCGCCGGGAGGCGGGUGCCCUUCAUGAUCCUGGCAUGCAUUUGCCUCAUAGAUGGCCUGUUGGUUCUGAUUGUGCUGAAACCCUUCUCAAACCGAGAGAGACAAAACAUGCCAGUGGGAACUCCCAUAUAUAAACUGAUGAUUGACCCAUAUAUAGCUGUAGUGGCUGGUGCUCUGACUAUUUGUAACAUCCCUCUCGCCUUCCUUGAGCCCACCAUCGCCAACUGGAUGGAGGAAAACAUGCAUUCCAGUCAGUGGGAGAUCGGCAUGACAUGGUUCCCUGCAUUCUUCCCUCAUGUUUUAGGUGUUUAUCUCACUGUCAAACUAGCAGCCAAGUACCCUCAUCUCCAGUGGUUUUAUGGGGCUAUAGGUAUGGUGUUCAUAGGCGCCAGCUCCUGCACGGUGCCAGCCUGUAAAAACUUUGGACAGCUCAUGAUCCCGCUGUGCGGAAUCUGCUUCGGCAUCGCCUUCGUGGACACGGCGCUCCUGCCCACACUGGGUUUCCUGGUGGAUGUGCGACACGUGUCGGUCUAUGGAAGCGUGUACGCCAUCGCAGACAUCUCCUACUGUGUGGCCUACGCGCUGGGGCCCGUGGUGGCCGGACAGAUAGUGCACGACCUGGGCUUCGUUCAGCUCAACUUGGGCAUGGGCCUCGCCAAUAUGCUUUACGCACCGGCGCUCCUCCUGUUGAAGAACGUGAUGCAGAUGAAGACUUCGCACUCCGAGAGAAACAUGCUCCUAGAGGACGGCCCGACCGGACUGUACGAUACAAUUAAGAUGGAGCAGCGUGAGAAGAAGAGGAAGGGUUUGUGUACAACCCUCGACGAGAAUGGGGUUGAAACCUUUGCGCAACGGUCGUAUUCAGAGGAGGAAUCCUCGGGAGGAGAGUAUGCGUAAAAGGACCUUUAACCGAGUGUAAAACUCUCAAAGUGCCCAUGUAGAGUUGUGUGCAUCCCGUCCGAUCAAUUGCAUAACACGAUCAGGAUUGUGUAACGACAUCAAUUAUUUACUGUCUUUGGGUGACAGUCCCUGCGGGUAUAUUGUCAAAUCAAGUAGCUUCGCGCUUUCUGCAGUAGAAAGGCGCUCGCUGGCGUGUGUUCAUCUUCAAGUGAGAGUGUAUUGUGAAAGAUGUGUUGAGAUUAAAUGUCUAUUCAUGAAUUAACACUAUUUACCACUGUAUCAGAAGCCGACUCGUAUUCAGGGACUAUGUGUAAAUGUAUUUUAACAAAAAAAAAGAACAAUUAUGAUGUACUGUUUGCGUCUUCUAAUGUAACCUGUAUUUUCUUUUCGCCAGAGUUGUGCUGCUAAACUCAAUAUGCAAUACCGCGUGUGACUCUAAACUGUUUUAGAGGAAGUUAAAUUAGAUGGAAAUUAGCUGAAAUCUGCGUCUUGAUGUUUUAUGUUUUAUUUUUUGGAUGAUGUACUUCUGGAAUGCAAAGCCUCACUGUAUGACCCAAGACUGUACAUACGUGUAUAUUCAUGUACAUAAUUAAAUCAGUAUUAUGUGAA